AUGUCUGAUUCAGACUCGGACAAUUUUGAAGAUGCUCAGGAGCAUUUCCAGGACUUCCCAGAAAUUCACCACAGCAAUGACAAGCACUUAAAUAGAAUCAGAAAGGACUCACACGAAGUGCUCGCCAACCUGGACUCGUCAUUCUGUUCAGACCUCGCGUUACAUCUGUAUAUGGUGAAAAUGCUAGCUUCGCGAGACUACUUUGUCGCCAACGGACGCUUCAGUAGCUGGCCAUUACCCAGAAAACAGGUUCCGGUCCCUGUGGCAAGCAAGGAGUAUGUGGAUGAGUGCAACAUCCACGGUGACGCGCAAAAUUGCCAUAUAGUUCCGUAUCGCGAGAUCUGCAACGAGAAUAAGGAAAAGCCUAAGGAGCAAUUUUUGGAGUAUGUGCCACCUGCUACCGACGCCAAAGAGGAACUGGGGCUGCAAUUGCAAGCAAUAUUCCAGCAAAAAAUAUACCAUAAAAUACAUGCUUUUAAUCUUUCGAACGCGGCGGCACGAAUUCGAGACAAAAAUGCUUCUACAGUGAAGUAUCUUCCCGUUCUCGAUCCCCCGGUAGAUCUUCCGCAAGAAGCUAAAACAGAGCUAUUCACAAAGAUCAACAACGUUUUUGACGAGUUGAUUGAGCAAAGGAAAGCUUGUGUGAGCUCAGACAACACUGCUCCUUUGGACUGGUUGAGUGUCGCACAGCAGGCUAAAGAUCACGAUGCGUAUUUGGAAAUGGCAAAAUUGAUGAGUCUGAAGUAUCCUAAACUCAAAAAACCCGUGUUUGACCAGACACUAACCGCAAAACAGCAAGAGCAUCGUCACCAAGAAUGGGUCGCGGAGCUGGAACGUCGUAAACGAAAGAAUGAAUUGAAAAAGCUGCUCAUUAGAAAGCGCGCAGAGCUCGAGAUCCGCAAACUUAAAAUAUGGGACACGAAAAAGAACUUGGGAGAGAGACCUAUCAGAAAAAUCAAGUGA